AUGCUUCUACUUCUGUGUAUGACCGUCUUUCUCGCGGCGGGUGCUACGGCCAACAAAGUCGCCGGCAAAUUCCAAGCCCUCUUCUUCUACCAGCUCUACAGACUGGAAGUAGACGCCCACGGCCUCGACGAUUCGCGUAUGGCACCUGGCUGCGCCAAAAACGGUGUCGUCUGCAACAUGGAGGCCUUCAUCAACGAAAUCUGCAAGGUCACCAGGAAGCCGGAGAAAGACGCCAGCGGCAACAUCAUCAGGGGCCCCAAGGGCCAACCAAUUCUCAUCAAGGACCCUGACUUUGACAAGGUCAACUGGGCGCUCAUUGGUGAGGGUGCGGACCUCGAAGUAAUCAGCACUGAGUUUGACAAGGCUGGCUUCAAGGGCGACAUGAACAAUGCGAAGAUUUUCAAGGAUUGGAAGCAGAAAAAUAGUUUUGAAACUGUUAUGAGCGAGGCAGAGGAUAUUGCCAUGAAGGCAAUCGCCAAGCUCAAGGCCGAUGGCAGGGAGCCUGCUGAUGACCGUUUCAACAAAAUGACAGCUGCGCUGAAGACCCAUGCUGACGCCCGACGCUACGACCAGGCACAGAGAAUCAGUGCAGAGUUCGCGAAGUUCAUGAAGGGCAAGGGUUUCAGCGCCGCAUACACAGAUCCCAUCGAGCGGCCACCAGUGCCGGGUUAUAAGAAGAUUGAUGCGGAUCAGACCAUCAGUGAUAACGAGGGCAGGGUGGGCUUUGACAAAAUAGAGCAGGAGGUGAGAGACUAUGUCACCAACCAAAAUAGCGGGAAGGAGUCACGGAGCCAUGUUGAGGCUAUUUUCAGGGCGCAGGGUAUGCAUGAUCACCUUGCCGAGGCAUGUAGAGCAGCAUGA